AGGAGGGGGGGGGGGGUGGUCCGGCAGCGAGGCCGCGUGCCCGGAGGACGGAGCGCGUUCGGGCGAGUAGAGACAUGUUAGCGGCACCGUGGCUGCGUUCUGCCAGAUUCGGACCGUUCGAGUUAUACAACCGUAAACCGUAUUACCGCUACGCUAGCCGACAAUUUGGGAAACCGGCUGAAUUUAAAAAUAUACAUCUUAACUGAAAUACAUAAUUACGCGGCGGGACUGUCAGUGACUGGAAACCAACGGAAAGAGACAGGAACUUUAAAUUCGGGCUGGUAUUUUUACGUACAUGUGGUGGAACGCUGCUCUUUCCAGAUGUUUCUUCUUCUUCGUGUUAACAUGAACACUGAGGCAGAGCUCUGAGGUAAGGGACUGAAACCCGAGCCGAGGUAGCGGUCUCAGGCAGAGUGUGAAAUUGGGGUGAAGGGGGUACGAAUUGAGGUUAAAGGUCUGAAGUGCAGCCUGGCUGAGAAGCGAGGGAGAGCUCUGGGAUAAAGAGUUGAAAAGUGAGGCAGCAGUCUGAGGUAAAAAGGGGUGAAAACUGAGGUGAAAGUGGUCGCCGCGGACAGAAAGAGAAAGAGCUCUCGGUUCCGGAGGAAUCAUGAACCCGCAGAAAGUAAUGAAGGAAGGAAUUCUGGAGAAGAGGAGCAACGGACUGCUGCAGCUGUGGAAGACGAAGCGCUGCGUCCUCACGGAGGAUGGGCUGCGCCUGUACGAGUGGAGGCGCGGCGGCGCGCCUGGCGGUGGGAGCGCGCCCGGCGGCUGCAGCCGCAAGGCGAAAGAGCUGCGCUUCGAGCGCAUGGCCACCGUGGACUGCGUGGAGCACAAGCGUGGGCUCAUCUACUUCACGGUGGUCAUGAACGAGGGCAAGGAGAUCGACUUCAGGUGUGAGCAGGACGGCACCGCCUGGAACGCGGAGAUCGCGCUCGCCCUGGUCAGGUUUAAAAACGUGCUGGCGGUGCAGACCGGCCGGAACAGACACCUGUCACAGCUGGGCAGCACCGGCGAGGACGAGUCCUGAUCAGGGACACACUUACCUUAUUUCAUCAAGCCUCUUCCCACCUUGGACCCUAGACAGAGUGAUCGGCUGACACCCGCACUGAGGGAGAGACUGUGCACAUUGGAGGUCAAUUGUGCCUAGAAUCAGUUCCGGACACCAGGGACCAAACCCCAUCCCACAACCCAUCUCAUGACAUCAUAUUCGCCUGCAAUCUUUUUCGCUGGAAAUAUAGCAGUGGUGUACAGUCCAUCAUCAAACAAGAAGACCUAAUAAGAUUUGCCCUUUCACCAAAAAGAGUGGGAUCAUUGUAUCUCUCCUAGAAGACUCUUUGGGUUUCACGAGACACAGAGGACAGGACUGUGAAACAGAUGACCAUGUGUUCCAUUGUCUAUCAUGAAUUGCCACGAAAGGGGCGUCAUCUUAAUUUAGGUGUCCAACAUGGAUUGUGUUGCUUUACUUAACUUCACAUACGACAGAAUGCAGUUAUAAUCCUACAAUUUUUUUCUUUAAAAAAAAAAGUAAUUUUUCUCUUCCUCUUGCUACACUUUUAACUUUAUUAAACAUUGUGAAGCCAAACAGUACCUUAUUUGUUCAUUAAUGUCACCCUGGUUGGUGGUAGGUAUAGUGGGAACAAGACGGCUUUAAGAAGUGAGUCAUGGAGAAUUUUUGUUGGCUUGCGGCAGGCUUCUGGGCCCAAGAGGGUGAAACCAGAGAAGGACGGCCUUUUGACAUGAGAGUUCCUUGGCAAAAAGCACCUGUGGCCCCAGCUGGGUAGAAAGGUGACUGACUUGGAAUUUCUGGGGUAUUCCACUCAUGCUGUGGUAAGGUAUUGCCUUCUGUGACUCUGGGCAAACCCUCAGAACAGUUCCAUUGGAAGACCCACCCAAAACAAGUGUUUUAUGACAUACACAAGAAAUAAAAAUCCUAAAAUGUUGUGUAAGGGAAGUUUUCUUGUGAGGGAGGGAAGGAUGGGAGAGUAAAAUAAAGAAAGAAAGGGAUAAAGCAACUGCCAAGCAAAAUGUCUAGCCGUGGAUCUGUCCUUUUUCUCAGCUACUUACUUUAGUAGUACACUUAGGCUUGUGGUGAGUUGGAGCCAAUCCUGUUAGGAUUAAGAGCACCAAGAAUGACCACAUUCUAGGUGGAAAAUCAGUGUAGCCCUGGGCACUCAUAUAUAAAGUCAGUUACAUACCCACAAUUGUGGUCGAAAUUUUGGAGUGACACAGGUUGGCUCAUAAUUUUUUUUGUGCACAAUGGGUGGAAACUGAAUGAAAACCAUAUAGUCUCCAGGGAAGAGAUGCAAACUUUCCACAGAAUCAAGCCCCUGGACACUGCAGUGUUAACUGUCCUCUACAGGGAGAUAAUUUGAAACACUGGGACCACAGAGACUCUUGUCAAAGUUGAUUUAAUACUGCAGUUGCAGCUGCAAAGUGAGAGUUUACCCCGACCACCAAACUAGACGUACUCAGUGAAGUUCAUAAGGCAGUGUGUUGCACAGCUGUCAGCCUCACUGUCAGCUGGCUGGCAGACGGUGGGGGUGGGGGGGCAUCCAGAGGUAUCUGAC